AUGAAAUCAAAAUCGGCGACGACUUCGUUCGCCCAGGCAACAAAAGUUACUCCGAUUCUUGGAACAGGCAGCGAGUUCGAGGCUAACAUACCAUGGGAUUGGUCUGGCGAAACUCAUGCCCACGGCGGAUUCAUCACAAGCCUCUUGUUUUCGACAGCGAGGGUCUAUUUUCUUUCUAACCAUCCGUCACGAUCCCUACCGGACCCGAUAACUAUCCAUGUGCAGUUUCUUCUGCCAGUCGAAAUGGGCGUAGCGCGUCUACGUGUGGAUGAAAUUAUGAUAGGGAAGCGCUACUCGACUCUGCAGAUCACAGUUCUAAACCAAAAAGGCUCAGGCCAUCAGUCUUGCGUCACGGCUAUCAUUACACAGGGUAACCUGUCGACAGAAGCGGGCCAAAAUAUUGAUGUACCUCCUAUCUUAUCCAAAAAAGAAAUCCCGGACCGCGAAAUUGCUUGUGAGGAAUGGAUCACACCUAACUGGCUCGCUAAGCUCCUGCCAGUUAGUUCAAAAUGGCGCAUACGAACACUGAAAGGUUCAAAGAACCAGUUUUUGAGCCGUAAGGGUCUGAAUGUCAAAUAUAUUUGGAUGAAAUGGGCCGACGAGAAGGAGAAAUUGGACGUUAUCAGCCUUGGGAUCCUUUGUGAUAGUAGCUUUGAUCGCUGA